AUGUCCUUUUCCAUGAAAAGUCAACAGAAUAUAUUUGAAACUGCAAAAAUGAGUUUUGACAAAGGGUAUACUUGGACUUGGAAGACACUUUUCCUGUAUCCUGAAAUGACUUUAGUUGACAUUGGGCAUCAUGUUAAGGCAGCGUCCUUCCUCCCGAGGCAGCGGUCAGAGUGCGCUGCUCCCGGGCAGGCUCCGGGCGCCUCCUCCUCCCGCGGCGCGUGGUGGAGGCCGAGCGCGCGGCCGCGGCCGAGCCGGGAGCUGUCCGCGGUGCUGAGCGCCUGGCCGGCGGCCCGCGCGGACUCCCCCAGCACUGGCCUUCCUCCGCCCCGAGUGCAUCUGUCCACGUCGCUGCAUCUCGGGGCGCUGCGGCCGGAGGAGAUCAUGGUCUUCGCUCCAGGUGAGAAGCCUGGAAAUGAGCCUGAAGAGGUGAAGCUGCAGAAUGCCAGCAGGCAGAUUGUCCAGAAAGCCAUCCUGCAAGCUGUGCAGCAGGUCUCCCGGGAGAGUGGGCAGGGGAGAGAGCCAGCCAGUGACCACAGGGGCAGCUUCCAGCUGGGAUUGGGGGCACUGACCAAGAAGCAUGAAAAGAAGUAACACUGUGGACUUGGCUCCUGUCAUGCUUGGUUUCUGGCCUUUCUCUUAGCAUAGGAUGCAUCACCAAAAUGUGGCCAGCAAAGCAAACCAAAGUGUCAUUGGCACCUAGAAGUAGAAUGCAUUUGCCCUAGACCUUGGCUGAGCACGGUUUGAAAAAGUGUGUUCAGUGAUUUUGUUUCUAUCAACACAGUGCCUCUGAGACAGAGUGGGGCCAGACAAGACAUCAUACUUGCAAAAGUAGUUCUACAGCGCAAUUUAUUUUUAAAGAUUUUUAAAAUAUAAAAAUCAUUAUCUUGUUUAUUUACUUUUGCGUCUUAUGCAUUAUUUUUCUGCAGAUUUAACCAGCAGUCUU